AUGGAAGGGAAACUUCCAGAAGAACAGGUGAAAUCUGUGUUGGCUCCAUGGAGAUUUUCUUUACAGUCGAGUGGAUUUGAGAACAGGAUUGUGACAGCGCUGGAACUUUACGAGCGCUUCCCGAUAGACAUAGUUGUCACUGGAGGAACCAAGGAGGCUAACGCAAAGCUAGCUGUUGCUCUCUGUGGCAUAGAAGAUGGACAGUCCUCAGAAGAAGAAGAGGAAGAAGAAACAAGUGACGAGGAGGAGGACAUUAGUGAGAAGGAGGAGGAUGAAGACAAAGAGAGAGAUGAUAAAUUAAGAGUUAGCAUAACUGCUGAAAAGAAUGAAGAAGAUGAUAGACCAAGAGUGAGCACAGAUGCUGAGAAAGAUGAAAAGGAAAAAGAUGCUCAGUCAAAAGUUAGCAUACCUGCUAAAGUCCCAAGAGAACAUAAAACACGUGUGAGAAUUACAGAGUAUGCAUAUAGCUCUCAGGAAGAAGGUUCAGAUUCUGAUCCCAUGCUUUUGCACCGUAAUGUCCCCAACGUCCGCAUUUGGACAGCCGAAGGUGGUUCCUCUUCCAUUCAAAACAACUAUGAUGUGUUGGUGGUCCUCACCACAGAACUGCACCAGGAGGACCAGAUGAGAAUCACCAUUGAGCAACGUGAAAAAGACAAGCCCUUGUACCUGGUAAAAGCGGAGCAGGAAUGGGAUCUUGUCUUUGAAAAGCCUACAGGACCCUGCAUGACCUGUGCAUGGGAACGAAUGAGAGCUCGCAAUCUGGAGCUCCAGAAGAAACAUAAACUAGCACUUGAAUCAGGAGAGAAUGCAAAUGGAGAACAGACGUCUUCAGGUCUUCCCCAGGUUGCUAAGCUUUUAGGCCUCAAGGAGAUUGCAGAAGUUUUGAUGAAAGCUUUACCUGAUCUGCGGAAAAAGGCUUUCAGUCAAUUUCUGGUGGACAUCACAAGAGAACUUAGGGUUCCUAAAGUACCAAAUAGUAGCACAACACCCCUGGUAUGUUCUGCUUUGAAAAGCAGAAAGAUAAGCCAGGAAGACCUGGACCGAAUCUCUGAAGUCUUUCAUCCCAGAGAUCUCACUGAUCAACCAUCCAAGCUGCUCUCCAUCCUCACCGCUCUGGAACAUUUCCGGCUCGACGUUGGUCUGCUUGGGGAGACAGGCUGCGGCAGCUCCAGCCUGUUCAACUCCCUCCUGGGCCUGCAGAAUGACGAAGAAGGAGCUGCAUCCGUUGGUGUCACUGAGACCACCCAGGAGCCUGUGGCAUAUCCUUACCUGGAAUGUUACAAUACCCUUCUUUGGGACCUCCCAGGAUUGGGAAGAGUGGGGGACUUAAAGAACCAGUCUGCUGGUUCUGAUUUGCACCAGGCAUCUGUCUUACCUUCUAAUCUCCCUGCCUGUGAUGUCUACGUCCUGGUAUCUCCCAUGAGGCUUGGUCUAGGCUACAUUCGGCUGUUACAGCACCUUCUGUCCCAGGGGAAAUCUUGCUACCUGGUACUCUCUAAGGCUGACUUGAUUGAGGAGAAGUCCAUUGAAGAGGUGAGGAGAUGGACUGACGAGGUUUUGGGGAAGUUAGGUCUUAAGCAGAGUGUGUUUCUGGUGUCAGCGCUUGAUCCGGAGGCUAUGGAUUUGCCCAAACUGAAAGAGACACUGAACAGUGCAAUGCCAUACCAUAAGAGAGCCACUCUGGCUAGUUAUGUAGCAAAGCUCCUGGAGCAAGAUGUCUUUUGGAAAAGGGCUGAUCCUUGCAAAUUAAUGUGACCUUAUAUAUGUAACCGACUUUUAUGCAAACAGUUUAAGGGAUGGUUCAGCAAAAAAUCUA